CUCCAUGCCAUGUUUUUCAAAAUUGGCAAGUAUUCUCCAUCAAGAUACCCAAUUGUUUCAGUCUAUUGCUGUUGACCUUCACGUGGAUAAGAUAUCGAUGUACACGGAUACCUUGGAUGGUCGCGACGUGAUACUAGUGGAUCUACGUGAUGGUGUGACCAGUAUGAUUGGAUUGUUGGUGGAAGGUGCAUCCACUAUGAACUCUACUCACCCAAAGUCACUCUUGAAUACUUUAAAAGAAUCUAUCGUUACAGGGAUCCAUAUUAUUACUGCUCGCGUGUGUGUUUACAGACAAGACAUUGGACUAUCUCCUCUUCUCUAUAUUGACGACUAUCAACCCAUCCAAACAUCAAUUACUUCCAAGUCUAAUAUGAACAUGAUCACGCUAGAUGAUAUCCAAACCUUACCCGAGGUCAAACAAUGGUUGAAUGCUGUGGAACAAACUGGUCUGGAGACUUUUAUGUCUAUCAUCCCGAAAGAUGGGUUUUGGGAUUAUUAUAUUCAACUUGAGCCGUAUCUGGAAAAUAUGAUGGAAGCAUACAAAACACAAGAUACCACCCCUUCUUCAUCAAUAGCUCUAGAACCAGACACGCCCAUACCACCACCAACACGACAAUUACAUCAACCCAGUUUAUCAGAUACCCAUUCAUCAUCACCAUCUAUGAUCAUCAAGAAUUGUUUCCCACUCAUGUCCUGGCGACAAAUUCAAGCAUAUAUCAUGCACGCCUAUGAUGAAGCUCCGGAAGAUCUGGUGUUGGAUGGUUUUUUGCCUUUGCCUUCAGAAGAUGUCAUGACCAUCCGUGCCCCUGAUGUGGAUGAAGAGAUAUCACCAACACAAACAGCAUUGGAAACCGACGAGCAAGCAUGGUGGAUGCUAUACAAGAAGACUGAAAAUGAAUCGACCGAACAUGAUAAGUGGAAGACAUUGGUCAACGGUGCCAAGGAUCUAUGGAUGAAUGAUAUGUGUAAUAUAGUCUUAGAUGAAUUGUAGUAUAAUUAUAACGUUAGAAAUAGUUUAAUGAUUUUUUUUUCAUUCCUGAAUAAACCCUUUGUAAACAUU